UACGUCACUGUCUGCGAUGCCAAAGAAUAAGUCCAAUUAAUGCCGUUGUUGGAACAUACGGUAUGAUCGUGUCUCAAUUACGCAUGCUAUGUUAAUUUUUUCUACCAUAUUCGUAAAUAUCACAUGCGCACGCCACUCAGUCACCUACUGCGACGUUAAUUCUAAUAAAAACAAACUCCACAAAUUCCACAACUCUUGUCGCCGCAUAACAGUGAAGCCUUGGGGAAGUCUUAUAGCACGGUUUAUGUUGAAGUUUUGCGUCAAUUUGUGUGUCUCAUUUGAAACGCAAAUGCUCGUAAUUUUAAGCAUGAACGCGAGGGUUUUUCUACUAUUCAUGUGUUCAAUUCAAAUCUGCAUUUCCUUGGGGAAUACUCUGGAUCACGAAAGCUCGUAUGAAGCCAACGCUGAUGAGGAAAACGGGACAAAACGCGAUCAAAUGCGCGAUGCUUUGGAGGAAUUCGAUAUGUCGUAUUUGAAAUGCAGCGACGAAAAUUGCGAAUUAAUCAAGGGAUCUGUCAAAGAGUUACCAGAGCCAGGACCUUGGGAAGUAGAAAAUAUCGGGCCUCAAAAUACUCAUACCCGCUCAAAGCGAAAGAUAUUUUUGCCUGAUAAUAGAUUACGUAUUCGGGAGAAUAGUGUUGGUCGUUUUCCAUUUAACAGCGCUGUAGCGAUACGAGUGAAUGGAGAAGUGAAGUGUAGUGGAGUUGCUUUAUUGCGACCUAGAUUCUUCCUGACUGCUGCUCAUUGUGUGCAACCUGACGAUCGCCGGAAAGAUCUCGAAGUUGGUGUUCUAUCAGGAUACAGAGAAAUGCUUUGGUCUAAAGUCGUUAACACUCGUGUUCAUCGAAUCUGGAAGAGCAAGAGAAAGUCCCCGAAGAUAAUUAAAAUGUGGCGCUUGAAAGACUAUGCUGUUCUGGAAACAAAAACACCGCUUCCAGUUACACCGAUGUCGAUUGGUUAUGUCGGUGCAGACGCAGACGGCAACGAAAUUCUUCGAGCAAAUAAAACUUAUAUGUAUUUCUCAGCGUUUGACGACGAGAGACGCUCAGAUGACCUGAAUAUGCGUUUUUGCCAAAUGAAGAAAAUAAAACCAUUGCGAAUUUUCAGCCGAUGUGAUACCGUCCCUAAGACUGCUGGCGCAGGUGUUUAUAUACGCAUGCGUAAUAAGGAGACUGGGAGAGUUGAACGUAAGGUCAUUGCCAUAGCAACGGGGGACUAUGGCGUCAAAGAUGAACAGAAGUAUUCAGUUGCAUUACGUAUAAAUUCACGAAUGUUUCCUCAUAUUUGCCGUUUUGUCACUGGAUCUUACGGUGGGUGCAACUGACAGUCUUUGAGCUCUGCAUAUUUUGAUAUUUGUGAAGUUAAAUCAUUUUGAAGUUAAGUCAGAUGGAAUCUUUAAAUAUAGCUGGGGCCUUGGGAGAAAACAUCACUGUGUAGCAUAUGGUCUUUCAAUUAGCAAUAAUCUGCCUGCAAAUUACAGUUUGUCAUUUUAUAUUGGCUACACUUGUAUGUGAAGGAAAAUAAAGUGAGUUGACAGAUGUUGCACAAAUUUGUGCUCGGC